AUGCAUCUUUUCUCGGACGCUUCUGAGAAAAGUUUCGGAGCGAGCGCUUUUCUUCGUUAUGACCUGGAAGGGAAGAAAGCUGUAUCUUUUUUGGCAUCAAAGACACAUGUUGUACCGCUCAAGACUGUUUCACUCCCUAGGCUUGAAUUGCAGGGAGCCGUCCUCGCUUUGCGUCUAUCAAAGACACUCGUCCGGGAACUCGACAUAGGCGAGCUGAAGAGAAAGUUCUGGACAGAUUCUGCGAUAGUACUGCGAUACGUGAAGAACACCACCAAACGUUUUAAGCCAUUUGUCGCUAACAGAGUGGCGGAGAUCCUCAGCGAGACUAGCCCCAGCGAGUGGGGUUAUGUACCCACAGACACAAACCCGGCAGAUUACUGUACCAGAGGGAUGAAAGCAGCAGACUUGAAACCAGUCCAUGGUUGGUACCAGGGGCCAGACUUUCUCCGUAAAGAUGAAGCGAUGCCCGAUGAUGGUGACAUAUCCUUGCCUGAGAUCCCGCCUGAUGACAAAGAGGUGAAAAAAGGGGGUGAGAUGCCAAUGCCUGUCUUCAACACGCGAGCAGCAAACGGCGCUGGCCCAGAUUUUGAGAUCCCGGAUACGACCGCCUUACUCACGCCUUCAGAUUUUGAAACGUGGCAUGAUUUAGUGAGCAGAACAGCUUGGAUCAACAGAGCAGUACAUAAUCUAUUGGUAAGCAUACCUCAGUACGCAGAACUCGAGAAGAUCAACACGGGACACCUGACCGUCAAAGAGUACAGAGACGCUGCCAUGUUAUGGGUGCGUAAAGCCCAGCAGGAGCAAUUUCCGGAUGAAUUGGAACGUCUAAGAGAGGGACAGACCAUCACUAGCAAAAGCAGCGUUGUCCAGCUAUCUCCAUACUUUGACACGGAGCAGCGAUGCCUCAGAAUCGAGGGUAGACUGCGGAAGGCCAAGAUCCCAGAGGAAGCCAAACACCAGAUAAUUUUGCCCGGAGACCACAUAGUCUCACGCCUAACAGCUGCUGAUAUCCACUCCAUGAGGCUGCACUGCGGCAUCGAACAUCUCAUUGCCGAGCUUCGCCAAAAGUAUUGGCCUACAAAGGUGCGAAACAUGGCUAGGAGAGUCAUUGCUGGAUGUCUCCUUUGCCAUCGUCAACGCGUUAAACCAUCCAUGCUCAGGAUGGCCAAUUUACCGACCUGUCGAUUAGCAGCAAUAGCCGGACCAUUUGCUCACACCGGAGUCGAUUAUUUUGGUCCCAUGAAGGUCAAGGUCAGGAGGGCCCAGCUGAAACGAUGGGGGUGUCUUUUUACAUGCAAGAGCACCCGAGCGGUACAUCUCGAGCUGGCGGACUCGCUCGAGACUGACGAUUUUUUGCUAUGCCUCCGCCGUUUCAUCGGGAGAAGAGGAAAUUUGACUUGUUUGUACAGCGAUAACGGCAGCAAUUUCCGUGGCUCAGACACAGAACUUCAGGAGAGUCUGCAAGAACUAGAUCAAGCCAAGAUUCAAAAUCACUUGACACCGAGACGGAUUGAAUGGCGAUUUAACUCCCCUGUCGCACCUCAUUGGGGAAGCGCAUGGGAGCGCCUGGUUAAAUCAGUGAAGGCUGCCCUGAACGUCAAAUUGAGAACGAUGCUAGUCUCUGAUUCUGUAUUGAGGACAGCCUUGUGCGAGGUCGAGGCAGUACUGAACAGUAGGCCUUUGACGCACAACAGCGCGUACCCAUCGGAUCUUACAGCAUUGACGCCUAAUCACUUCUUGCUGGGCCGUGCCAGCUCAUGUUUAGCUCCAGGAACGUUCCAAGAUCGCGAGAUAGACAGCAGGCGUCGUUGGCGACAGUGUCAGGUGGUAACUGACAGUGUACACAAGCGCUGGCUUCAGGAGUACCUUCCUAAGUUGACCGUCAGAGGAAAGUGGAGAAAAGAUAAUCACUGUGCUAUUGCAGAAGGGGACCUGGUCCUCAUAGUUGAUGAGGAAUUGCCACGCGGACACUGGCAGUUAGCCCGCGUGGUGGAAACUUUCCCUGGAGAUGAGUGGAGGACACGCGCUGUUAGAAUCAAGACCUCGAGAAACACUUUGGUCCGGCCGGUAUCCAAAAUCGCACUCUUCGAGGAGAAUUAUGCCGCUUUGGAGGAAAAGUUCGCUAUCUUAAGGGAUAACCAAGCCAAAGAGAAAGACUUGUCAUCUAGCGAUAAAAACUCGAGGGAGAAGGAUUUGGCCAAGUUGACAGUCAACGUCUUUGUUCGCCUCGGAAAGAGAUUUGGGACACUAUACUCACGUUUUGGAUUAUGUGCUCGCUUUGGCGCAUUAGUUUCAAAUUUGGUGAUGUGCUAG